AUGGCAGUUGCACAAUCAGAAGCGUCACCUGACAAUGAUCUCAUUGCCCUGACAAGUGACAGUUCAGGACAAAUCAUGUCUAUUUCGUCUACAGAACAAGCUACGAAUUUAUUUCAUCAGCUCAUCGAUUCGUUCAAACGUACAUCAUCCUCUGGAAAUGUCUCGAUCGAAAUGAACCGAUCAAAACAAGCAGAAGAUCAAGACAGUCAUGUUGAAAAGGGAGAAACUGGUUUACAUAGAAAUUUGAAAAAUCGCCACUUGCAGAUGAUUGCCAUCGGCGGAUCAAUUGGCACCGGUCUCUUUGUUGCCUCAGGCACUGCUCUUGCAACUGGUGGUCCUGCUGCAGUUGUACUUGAUUUUGCCAUUAUCGGUUUUAUGCUUUUCAACGUAUGUAUGGCACUUGGUGAGCUAGCAGUUACCUUUCCUGUCUCUGGUUCUUUCGCCGUUUACGGUUCUCGCUUUCUGGAUCCUGCCUGGGGAUUUGCUAUGGGCUGGAACUAUGCUCUCAGUUCGCUGAUUACUAUGCCACUCGAAUUAACGGCAGCUGGAAUCGUUAUUGACUAUUGGAAAACACACGUUAAUCUUGCAGUUUGGAUCACUAUUUUUCUUAUCGCCCUUCUUAUUAUCAAUCUGUUCGGUGUUCGAGGUUACGGUGAAGUUGAAUUCUGUGUCUCAAUCAUCAAAGUGAUUGGUAUCAUCGGAUUCAUCAUUCUUGGUAUUGUACUCGUAUUCCGUGUUGGUCCAAAUCAUGUUUAUUUUGGCUUCAAAUAUUGGCAUGAUCCAGCCCGUGGAAUCAAUCUAUUUAUCAUGAAUGUCUUCUUGGGAUUCCGUGGUAUGAUCACAUAUGUUAUGGUCCGUCUACUUACUACUGAACUGUUUCCAACAAAUGUACGUACAACUGCAUUAGGAUGCUGUUCAACAGUCGGUCAUUUAGGAGCGCUUGUACGACUUUCAUUCAAACAUCCCAUUGUACUCUAUGAAAUGGUUUCAUUCAUUGCAGCAAGUAUAGCUUUAUUAUUCCGUGAAACAUCAAACAGAGCAUUGCCACCAAUAGUUCAAGAAGCCGCUCGUAUGGAUCUAGCUUUUGAAAUAUUAUGUCGUAGUACAUUGAACACUGAAUUUGGCGAAGAUGAUGAGCCUGCUUCACAAGAACUAGCUGAGAAUAAAGGCGAUGCUAAUGACAUGAAAAUGGAAUCAAUGAUAGAGAUUGACAAGAAAGAGACAUCGAUGCAAUAG